UACAAGAUAAAUAUAAUCUUGUAUAAAAGAUACUUACUAACAAAUAAAAUUUCUAGUAAUAAAAUGAACAAUUAUACAUACGUUAUUACGCAGAAAAUAAAUAAUAGUUACAGAAAUAAUUUAGUACACUUGCUUUAUUGACAUCUGCGACGAUCUAACCUGCAACUGAAUGUUUUGACGUUUACCGAACUCAUGAUGAACUCCACUUAGCACUUGAAUAACAAACAGUUAAAGCCAAUUUGUAUUCCAUGUCCUUCACACACAACUCUCUUAUCUCCCUACGAACAAACGAAAAUAUGCAGUAACUGAAGUGAUAAUGUGAUAACGCCGCAAGUGAAAAAAAUGGCGGCAAUAAAUCAAGAAAUGUUCAGAAAGUUUAAGCAACUUUCCACCAGACAAGAUGCAGAUGGCACAGAGGUGGAAGUGCGUGAAGAUGAGGAACAGGGAGUCAAACUACAGGAGAUUAUUGAUAUUCUUGUUGCUGCUGGAUAUUUUCGUGCCAGAAUCAAAGGUUUAUCACCUUUUGAUAAAGUUGUGGGUGGAAUGACUUGGUGUAUAGAGUCUUGCAAUGUUGAUGUGGAUGUGGAUUUAUUAUUUCAAGAGAAUUCAACUAUUGGCCAAAAAAUAGCUUUAACUGAGAAAAUAGUGGCCGUCCUGCCGAAACUCAAAUGUCCGCAUGCGAUUGAACCGCAUCAGAUCCAGGGAUUAGAUUUUAUCCACAUAUUUCCAGUGAUACAAUGGCUUGUCAAGCGUUCGAUGGAGUAUCGUCAGGAGCGCGCUGCGUUUGUACACUCGUACGCCAUUAAUCAGUACCAUAAGGCUUUUGCGCCCCCAAACAAGCAGCCAACGGGCAAAACCGAACAAAUUAUGUGCAAUAUAAAUAGUAUCAACGAAGUGUACCGGCCCCGGCGGUGUUUUAAGCGUAAGACAGGUCCACCAGCUGACUUUUCAUCACAAGUGCAGGUGACACUGUUGGAAUAUGGCAUGAGGGGUAAGAUGACUGCAUCAAAGAGCACGGAAAGUGAAGAGGUUGAGGAACAGGAGAGUAACGAGCAAAUUGAUCGUAUUUUAAAUGUCAUGGCUGAAAUAUCCGACGCUGAUACUGUGUUAUAUGACGAGUUAAAUCUCGAAGACCGUGAAAAGUUAGCGAAGCACUACAUGGCACUGCACAGCGAAUUACAAGAUGGCGGAUUAAAGUCACGCGAAAUGGAAAAACUUCUCGUACUGCAGAAACAAAACGAGUUGAUAUCAGAUCAUUGCCGUAAACUAGAAGGUGAUAAAGCUAGUAUUUCCGCUAAUAUCAAGCAAGCCAAUGAGGAACUGCAAGAGAUUAAAACUAGAUUAGAAGAAACACGUAAAUCUUUGAAGGAAAUCGAAGAAGCGACGGAUGAGACUGCUGAUAAUGUGAAGGAAGUCGAGGAUCUUGUGAUACUCAAUGAUAAUUUACGCACACAGGAGUUACAGUUCCGUGAACAUUGCAAAAAGGAAUUGUCUAGUUUACAUGUUUUAAUUGAAGAGACGAAAAAGGCGAAAACGCCCGUAGUGAAUGAUGAAUUAAACGAACAGGAAGUGAAGGAAGCCGGACAACGCUUGAAAGCAGUUAGAUUGCAAUUGGCUAAGAAAAAUAGAACGAUUGUUAGCUUACAGCGACAAUUGGAUGACGUACCGAGUCGUGCUGAAUUAGCGCAGUAUCAACGCAGGUUUUUAGAACUAUAUAAUCAAGUUGCCUCCAAACAUAAAGAAACCAAACAAUAUUAUACUCUCUACAAUACGCUGGAGGAUACCCGACGGUAUAUGAAAACGGAGAUUUCUUUACUAAACUCAAUAUCCGAUAGCUAUCCAACUGCAAUGCAAACAUCGGCAGGGAAAGAAGAAUUCUUAAAGCAAUUUGAGUCUAUCAUCGAGAAUGUGAAAUCAUCGCGUGCUAAAGUGGAUAAGCGGCUGAAUGAAGAACGAAGAAGACGCGAUCAGUUGACGUACAAGAUGCAAGCGCUCACUGAUCUACAACGUAAAUAUGCAGCCGCCGUCAAGCAACUGAGCAUUGAGUGCAGGAAACAUGAGAAUUUUGCUCAAUGAACUAAAGGUAACCAAAUAUAUAUGCUUUUUUGCACACAUAAAGUAUUUUGUAUAAAGAUUUUUUGUAACUCAUGUGAAAUGUCGAUCGGUGUGCACAUUUGUAUGACAUGCUAAUGAAUGAAUUGUUGUUGAAAAUAUUAUGAAAUAUACUGAAACGAAUUAAAGAAAAAAUGAAAAUA